CAUAUUUAAAAAGAAUUAGGGGUUUCAGAAACCAGUUUUAUUGUGGAAGUGAAUUGUCUGAACUUCAUCAUGUUUGCUAUUUCUGAAUUGGUCGGAAUCUGCAAUUUCUGAGGUUUGGCUCCUAAGUUGAGAUUUCUAAGUGUCUUCCUCCCUCGUCCCUCCUCACCUUCUUAUUUCUGCCGGUAGAGGACAGGACAAGAAGCCCAGGCAGCAGCAACCAUGGUGAUGGUGUCUAAUUCUACUCAUCACAACAAGGAAAUACAUGUUAGAAGGAGGAUCUCUGAGAUAUACAAUAGACGGGAAGAGGAUUUUCCAUCACUUAAAGACUACAAUGACUACUUGGAAGAAGUGGAGUGCAUGGUAUUCGACUUGAUAGAUGGAAUCAAUGCUGAGGCGAUUGAGGAGAAGAUUAAGAGAUAUUCUCAGGAGAAUGCUGAACAGAUCAUGAUUAAUCGAGCUCGCAAGGCUGAAGAAUUGACUGCAGCAUUGGCAGCUUGCAAGGCCCAACCCCCACAGACAGAUGCUGACACGUCGUCAAACCAUGGUGUUACUGCUGGAACUGCAUACGGUCAGGCUCCACGACCAACGGGAAUGGGCCCACAACCGGUACCUAUAGUAGGAGGAGCAGAGCGUCGACAAUACUCUAUGGAAGAAGAAGCGAAGAAGAGGCUCCUCAAAGCAGAGAGAGCUCCAUGGGCUGGAGGAUUUUCCUUAGAGAUAAGUAAGAGGAGGGCUUUGGAAGAAGCAUUUGCCAGCAUUUGGGUUUGAUUCCUCUUGAGAGAUAUUAGUUUUAUCCUUUUAAAACAGUGACGAGGAGGUCUUAAUUGGUUGUUUGGCUUCGAGUAUGGAAGUAAUUAGAGUUUCCAUUGUUGUCUCAAGUUCUUUGUCUGUUACUCUUAUUUAUGGUCUCUGUUUGUAUAGUUGACAAGACUCAAUCACACAGAUUUCUCCAA